CUUGAAUCGAAGAAGACCUUGGCUGUAGUCGACUUCAUCACAUGCCUUUAGUGUAAAUAGAACUGCUUUUAUUUCGAAGGCCGGAAGUUUGAUGUUUCCCAUUCUGACAGCGUUUUUCUCACAAGUAUAUCCUGCUGCAACUUAAGCCAUUCUCCAUUACGUUUACACCUGAUUUUGUGCGUAAGAGGAUAGCCCUCUUCCAGGCCCCGUUUUUCCGCGUUUUUUAAUUAUUUAUUUCCGUGUAAACUGCAGUCUUGAUAUAAAAACAUUGAUGGUCGAUAAUUUAGCCCUGCGUUAAGGGCCCUGGGAGAACUGCUAAAAGGAUUACAUAGUCGUUUAAGAGUUCACUUUUAUCCGGAGAUAUGGCUCGACCACGGCCGCGGGAAUACAAGGCAGGAGAUUUGGUUUUCGCUAAGAUGAAGGGAUACCCGCACUGGCCGGCGAGGGUGAGUCUGGGAUGCGGCCGGAUUGGGAGAAGAGGGAGGCGGGGUUGACUUACACAAUACAGCCGCUGCUUCUUCGCUGGUGAACAGGAGGGAUGCUUCGGUACCCGGAGCUAGACUGAGCCUGUCUGACUCCUCUCAUAACACAGAUCCAGGGUUUAUCAGACAGAAGCUUUAGUAUUUUCCUCCAGGCUGAGUCCAAAUGAGGACAUUUUAGAAAUGGGGGAAAAACCUGUAUUGGGUUCACUAAAAUACGGUCCGCUCCAUUCAGGGCUUACUCUAAGUUUUAAAGCAUAUUUUUAUGUGGAAUUUCCACUGGUCAGUUCAACACGUGAUUUUUAAUUGUAAUGUUUUCACUGAGCUGUCAUCUCUGGUAUAAGGGAGUUUGUAGUUGACCUAAAGUAACCCGUAGCACUUUGUUUUAGCACAAUUAAUAAGCCCGUCUCAGCUGCAGUAGAUCUGACUCUGAAACCAGCUGGUCGCAGACUAAAUAUGGCCUUAGAUUCAGUGGCGCACAUGAGCCACCAUGCCCUGUGUUACGGUGGAUGUCCACUGUGCAGCCCCAAGUCAGGCUCCAUUUUUCACCUCAUACAACAAGUUACCUCCAGAAGGUGUAUCCUAUAAAGGCCCAGGUCUGAGUAGCUACUUCACUGUGUUUUAAACCCAUCCAUGCUGUCUUUGUGCUUUACAGAGACUCUAUAGUCGCUUCUGUCCUGUCUGAAGUUAAUGUGGUAAACAUUGACAAAUGUCAGUUUAAUAAAGUAAAGGGCUUUGUUCAAUAUUAAGUAACUCCUGCUAUUUUUCUCUGUCCUUCAGAUUGAUGAGCUUCCAGAAGGAGCUGUCAAACCACCAGCCAACAAGUACCCCAUCUUCUUCUUCGGCACCCAUGAAACGUAAGCGCCUCUUUUCCCUGGAUGGGUUAGCCUUCAGUUUAUCCAAACACCAACACUGCUAUAACGUUACAGAGAUGUGCUACAGGUGUGCCAGAUGUUCCUCCUUCAAACCACUCUUUUCUCCAUAAAAGUAAAGUCAAAAUUUUAAUAUGACAACUGCUGAUAAGAGGACCCUCUAUGUUAAUUUUAAUCUCUUUUAAACAUGUGACAACUAACCCCAAAAUGACUGAGACAUGUUGCCCCAAACUACCAUGUUUGCUGAUUAAAGCCCUAUCUUAAAGUUAUCUUAAAACAGAACAAUGACUGAGCUAUGACAGGAUGCCUUAAUCCAGUGGUUCUCAAGUCAAGUCCUCGAGGCCCACUGUCCUGCAUGUUUUGGAUGUUUUCCUGCUCCAACACACCUGAUUCAAAUGAUCAGCUCGUUAUCAAGCUCUGGAAUGGCUUCAUAACGAGCUAAUCAUUUGAAUCAGGUGUGUUGGAGCAGGACAGUGGGCCUCGAGGACUGGACCACUGCCUUAAUCUUUCCUCUAACAAGUCCACAUGUUUCACUGCUAGGAUUUUUGUCUGGAAGAAGCUUAUUUUAAAGUAUGUUUAGUUUUUUUUUAGUUUUUUAAUUUAGGUUGUACGAAAUGGUUAAUUGGCGCUCAUCUCAGCUCACAAUGUGCUCUUCUCUUCUCAGACAGGACACGACCCCUGACCAUGUAAAGGAAGAAAACUAGUAUUCCACUUUUUAGUCGCGCCCUCUGGUGGCAAAGAUAAUUGCAAUGUGACAACUUACCCAUGUGACAACAAGCCCUGGUGUCCCCUACUUCUCAAACUGUCUUUUAGCAAGUUCAGACUUUUUCUAUAUUGAAUUAAAAAUGAGCAAGUAAUAAACUAAUCCAGAACUGUUUUUAAAAUGUGGUUAACACUGAUUUGUGUCAGCACUUAAAACAUACGCAGGUUUGUUUUUAUGCUUCUGCAAAAUUAAACUCAUAGAUAGGUGUGGUUAAGUAUUUCCAUCUGUAGUUUAUAGCAGAGUCAUAGUCACAGUGCUUUGACCUGAAGUAGCUCAGAUUGUCUUGAACACAUCAUACUUUGUCUGACAGAGAAGUGAUUGUUGUGAAUGUGUCAUCUCUGUAGUGCUUUCUUGGGCCCAAAGGACCUUCUUCCAUACAAAGAGUAUAAAGACAAAUUUGGGAAAUCAAACAAGAGGAAAGGCUUCAAUGAGGGCCUGUGGGAGAUCGAAAACAACCCUGGAGUCAAGUUCACAGGCUACCAGGUCUGUCAGCCUUCUUUAUGUCUGUGGUCCAGAGAAAAGACAGAGGGAGGAAACAUAAGCUGGGUUGCAGGGUUACCAGAUGGGCUUCAUGUUGCCAUGCCAGAACUGUAAGACACAAACAAAGGGUGUUUAAAGCAGAUAGUGUUUGAGCUUGAAGAUGAAUUCAUUAUCAUAUCCUGAAAUUUCAGUGAAAAACAUUGUAAGUAGUAUUCACGGUUGAAGUCUAACAGUAGCAAAUGUCGGUCAUCUGUAGGCCAUCCAGCAACAGAGUUCAUCGGAAACAGAAGAGGGGGGAAACAACGCUGAUGGCAGCAGUGAGGGCGAGGAGGGCGACUCUGUUGAAGAGGAGGAUGACAAGGAGAAGCUGAAGGGAGACAAGACUGGAUCCAAACGGAAAAAGACAGCUUUAUCCAAGGUACUGAACGAACCAUAAGAACACAGAUACAGAACAAUCCUGUUUAGAGAGAUCACUCAACAUGAGACAGUGACAGCAAGCUCGAUGCUAAAGUAGAAACAAUCUUUGGACCCUGCAGAUAUUAGGGAAUAUGGACUUCGCCUUAAAAAUAUCUGCAUACUCUGCCACUUUGGAGUAGUUGCUCUUUUAUCCCCCUUUAACAAAUGAAUAACAUUUUAGAUGACCAGCACUAAACAGGCUUCUUCUUUCAAGUGCUUAAACGCAGGAUUAAAAAUACUGUGACUGUUGCACUGGAUGACAGACUGCUUUAGGACUGAGUGAUACUCUGUAGUUUACUCUGACUGAGUCCCUCUGGGAAAACACUGGUUGAAGCAGCGGUAUUUGAUUAGUCUUUGAUCCCCAGCAGAUGCACUAGUUCCUCCUGUAUGAGUCCCAUUAUUGAAGGCUGGACUGGAGAGUAGAUUUUGGGGUUGUCUAAAACUUCAUAGAGAAAGUGAAUGUGUUUUCUUUUUGUUUGUUUGUUUUUUGUUUAGCUGGUUUAUCUUUUUUUAUUACCUACUGAUCAUGUGUUUGACAUUUCCCACAUUUAACCAUCCUUCUGUGUCAGUGUCUGUUUGUGAUGUUUUAUUUCAUUCACCAUGCAGUCCUCUUCAGGCUGACCUUGUCUUUAUUUGGGCAUAAAGCCUCCAUGUUUGAAUGGAUGGAAACAUGUUUUGCUGCAGACCGACGAGCACUGCCACAGUGUGUUACUGUAUUAGUGCAAAAGCCACUGCUGCUGUAAAUGGAAGAAGGUUGAAAAAGUCACAUGCAUCCUGCUUUUCACUUAGCAACCACUGUUGCCUAGCAACUGGAGUCUAUUACGCACAGCACAUGUGCAUCUGAAGGAAUCUGGCCCUGUUGGGGAGCGGUGUGCUGAUGUGUGUGUAUGUCCUGUCACAUCAGUAAAACCCUGUGUGUGUGUGUGUGUGUGUGUGUGUGUGUGUGUGUGUGUGUGUGUGUGUGUGUGUGUGUGUGUGUGUGUGUGUGUGUGUGUGUGUGUUUAGAGUCUCACACAGAAGAACCAGGUUCCUUGUGAAGGGGGCUGAUUUUUGGUCCCCGUUUUCCUGUUAACUCCUCCCUCUCAUUUACACGCCAGACACAUACACACAAACACAAACACAUGUGCACAAUCACACUGUGAAACAGCCACCAGCAGUGAAGUUGUUGACGCUGUAUGAAGCUCCUAAAGGAUUGAGGCUUUUAUCAAAUGAUUUGAGGCACUGAUACUUCCUAUGACACCUAUAUUUAACUUUCUAACAGAAACUACUAAAGGGUCAGAUUUGUGAGGAUUCACAAAGUGACCAUAUGUGACCCAUAAUCAGUUUUUGAUUAAUGGAAUGACUUACUGCUCCAAUCACCUUCAAUAUGUUCUAGAGUUUCUAACCCCUCCCCCUUGUGGUCAUAAAGUUAAAUAUGUAGUUGAUUUUAGUUGGCCAUGCCCCUACUUUGACCACCUUUCUUUACUUGAAGCACAUUGUAGGUGUUAGGUGUCUUAUUUUCAACUUUUUAAAGCUGUGCACAUGGGGGCUUAGUAAGAGUGGCAUGUGAAAGAUAGGGAGGACAUCUUUUAAGGGGAAAAGCAGGAGUAAGCUGAACUGGAGAAAUGUCAAACCUUGUCAAAGUUUUGUUGCUUAGUCAGCUUAUCGUUUAUGAAGGACUUUGAAAUGCCUUUGCCUGGAUAUGAAAGAUACUCUACAUUUCGGGUUGUGAACACAAGCUGGGUAUUGUAGAAAUGACUUUGACUGCGUAGAAAAUAACCACAUGCUUGGAGCUGGGUGUGUGAUUACAGUUUUAGACAAUGAUUGGAGAUAACAUAAAACAAAAGGCCAAUUUGCUCACUUUCAGAAAUGAAGAAAAUCGUUAGAGAUCUUAAACCAUUAUUUCAUUUUUCUCUUGUUUGGUGCCUGUGAGUACUCAGAGUUCAGAUUAUCUGAACCAAACUAGGAACUUCACUCUUGAGGAUUUUUUUUGUCUCAAGUAUUUUUGAUUUGACUUUGUUUUUCUUAAACAACAUAAUGACAGUACAUCCUCAAAGUGUUUAGAGAAGUGAUCCAAAGCUGCGUUUAUUUUUGCCACAUGAAGACAGAAACUUUAAAAUUCUGAAUUUCAGCAAAUGUUUCUUCAUCCUGAUCUGUGUGUCUGUGGCAGAAAUCAUCCAAGCUAUCCAGGAUCUCAUCUGGAGAGGAUGACCUAGAGAAGGAUGGCAAAGAUGAGGAGCAGAAGAGUGGCUCAGAGGGAGGAGACCCAGACAACGACAUCAUGCAAAACACCACUGACAGUAAGGUGAGAUGAACAAAUCCUCACAUGAGCUUUUCCACAGCUGUAUAGUCUUAUCGUACACUGCUGUGUUUUUGGUACACUGUCAGAAAAAUACAGCUGCUGCUGUUUGUGAGUGUGGCUGCAGGUGAAUACAAUAGAAAGAGAAAAAAAAACAAAACUGGAGACAAGAAGGCAACUUCCAUGUAACUCUGUUACUGAUGAUGUGAGGGUAUGAAGAAACCCACUUUGAAAGUUUCGAGCUACUUUUACUCUCCACUUUCUCACCACGAUUAUUUACAGGCUUCAAAAUUCUAGAAAUGUUUACAAAAAGCCAGAAAAAUUUCUCAACUGCAAAUCCCAAAAAUGAACUGGAAAAAAAGGGGCUUUGAAUCAUCAGAUGAACACAAAAAGAAAGAGCAGUGGUAGGUUUAGCCGACAGGAAGUUUUCUUGUUGCCUUGUAAAUCACUCAAUCGUGAUUUAGGUGGAACAGAACUCUGUACCUUUUUUACGUUUUAGUCUGAUUGUAUAGCUGCUAGUAUCAUGGUGCUCUUAAUUAAAAUUGGUUAUUUGUAUUUUACAUGUCCAUGUAAGUACCUUGAGUCAAAGCAGGGUUGAUGCUAACAAUAAAUGUUAUUGUGUUCCCAAAGAACCAGCUACUCAUAGAAGAACAUUAAUUGAAGAGAGCGUGAAUGGAAAAUCGUUCUUUGUAGCUGUGAUGUUGGAGAGAGGAAGCAACAACAUGAUUUCUCAUCAGCACCAUCUAAUGGCUGCCAUUGUCUCCUCCACCUCUCUGUUGGACUUCAGUCUGUGUUAAAUAGAUACAGCCACACUGAUACUGGUGUCACUCAUCAUAUGAAGGCCUAAGAGAGACCGGCCAUCAUGUCACACAAUUAUUCAGGACUUCAACAAAAAUCAAAGUCAUGUGAAAUGGCAAACUGUCCAAAAUUCAAAGGACUACUUUUAGGUUAGUAAUUAUUCCUGUCUAUUGGCCUUCGAUGCUUAGCUGGUAUUGGUCAUGUAAAGAAAGUUCAGGUAAAUGAAGAGAUAUAAAGAAACUUAAAGACUUUUAUUGCUGAGCAAUAUUGUAGAGACAUCACAAAUUGUUUAUCUAAAGCUCUCCUGCUAGAAUAUUUGCCAAAUGAUACUACCUACUGUAUGUAUAAAUGUGGGUAUUUACACUGUCAUAACCUUCAAGGAAGAGGUUAAGCUAAUCUAACCACUCAGAAGCUGUUAGGGUGGUCAGAACAAAAAACACACACCAAUGAGUACAGGCAACCACGGGUCCAGUUUUGGAAUUUGAUCAUGAUGUCCUGUAAAACUUUUUAUCCAUAACAUCAGUAUUUAUUCACAACCUGGUAUACAAUGUGUUUCAUAUAUAUGUGCUAAUGGUGAGAAUAUCUCCUGUCUCUUCAAUAACUGUUAGAAAAAUGAGCUCGGAUAGAAGUUUAGAAGGUCAUUUUUACAGAAGUUUGUGAAAUCUGUGUUUCAGUAAAAAAAUAAUAAAGUGUCGGUGCAUCUCCUCUUGGUAUGUGACAUGCUACAAGAAUGUUUCAACAUGUCCCACCGAGGGCUGGAUAAACCAUGGGUCGGAGAGUCUUUCGUUCUUCCCAAUACGUCAUACUCACACUUGAUAUAGUUAGCCAUCAUUGAGUAUUUAAACUGGGCCAGGUAUACCUAGGUAGUGUAUCAUUCAUGAUCACCUAUCACUGUGUACAAAUGCAUUUGAUAAGACCUCCAUAUAUAUACUCUCCUACCAUCUAUGAUAUAUGUUGGGUAUUGCAGUGAACUGAUCUUUCUAGUUGUAGCUUAAAAUUGCUUUUUACAAUGAUGAUUCCAGGAGGGGCUAAUCUAAAAUUCAGUUAUUGUCAAACAUUGCCCAUCACCCUAUAUGUUACUCUUUUAUGUAAUCCAAAAAAGAUGAAUGGAAAUACAUAGAUAUGUGUAUGAAGUGUUGUGCACAACUGGGUUACACAUUGUAACUCACUAUUAACUAUAUCUGUAUAUUUUAAUUUGUAGAAUAUAGACCAUUAUUCUACUCGGACUGCUCUAGGUAACUGCUCAUCUUUUUAUGGAAAAGUACUACAUCUGUUCUUCUGUGUAUCUGUGAAAUAGAUCACUGUAUAUUUCAAAGCUUUUUAAAAGUGGCAUGUUGUACUCUUCUCCACAGUUGUAAUCCUGAUCAUUAGUUUUUAGUUUGAAAUCAGGCAACCACUGGUAUGCCACUGAAUUGGAGUGACGACAAUAAACGAUCCACUGUUUCUCAGUGUUUUCAGCUGAACCACAUAAACUCUGACAGGGAUUAGGGUUAGGCGUGACAAUGGCUUUUACCUGCUCAGUUAUGGAUACAUGCAGUGUGAUGAUGCAUUUUGAAACAGCCAAACUCUCCAUCGUCUAUGUGACAGUUUUCUUGGAUGAAUUAGAGAGGACACCAGACUACUGUCUUGAAACGCUGUGCCAGUUGCCUUUACUUUGCUUCCACUGUUGUCUUGAGAUAUAGACCUAUUUAUUUUUUGAUGAUAGUUAAUUAAGACAUUUGUAUGUAAAUUCAUGCUUAUUAUUUGUUUAGAAUCUUUGUUAUGUUUGUAUUUGGAAUAUGCUUUGCAUUUUCAGAGUUUGUAAUUAACUGUAAACUGUUUUUGCUGUUUAUGGACGAGACUUUUACAAAAUAAACUUAUUGGAAUGCACCCUGAA